AUGAAUAUAACUUUUGACACUCGAUUAAGUCAAAGUUUGGCGUUGCGCCCGUCGGUAAUUAUUGAAGAUUCUAUCGAUGAAUGUUUAGUCGAUCCGAAUUUAAGUGUAUCGGCGAUGAUCGACCAGUACGAUAUUUCGACAAAAAUUGAUAUAGAGAAAAAGUUGACGAAAAAGGAUUUGAUUUGUGCUGUAUGCGGUGCCCAUGCCUUUGGCUAUAAUUUUGAUCAGAUUACAUGUGAAAGUUGUAAAGCUUUCUUUCGACGCAAUGCCUUGAAGAAUUUGAAAGACUUACAAUGUCGACAUUCUGGUACUUGUAAUAUAACAGCUGAAACGCGUCGACACUGCUCUCACUGUCGGAUUAAGAAGUGUUUUGCAGUAGGUAUGAGAAAAGAAUGGAUACGAAGUGAAGAAGAAAAACAAAAACGACGCGGUCAAUUGAAACACACUCGUCGUCAUAAGUUAUCUCCGGAACAUAUUAAAAAGACACCUGCAUCUCAGUCUAUAUGUCCAUACUAUUCGUCAAAUUUGACUUCACUCGAUCGCGUCCGUUUGAAUAAUAUUACGCAUUGUUAUGAUCAAUUCAGUCGUGAACCAAGUACAUUGUGCAUGUGCAUGUCUCGUCCCCCCGAAAGCCUCAAAUUACGUAUUCAUGAAUUCUACGAGCGAAAACGACCAGUCUUUGUUAAUCUGAUCAACUAUUUUAAACAGUUACCAGAAUUACAAGCGCUUCAUGUUGAUGAUCAAGUUCACUUAAUCAAGCAAAAUCUUCGUCUGAUUGGUCCUUUAAACUAUGCGCUCAUCAGAACAUAUAAGACUCAAUAUGCCGUUCCAAAAAUCGAAACAAUUGGUUGUGUAAAUAACGCUAAUAUUCAUUGCAUGUAUCGUUCAUUGGCAGAUAUAUUUUUGGGAUUCACUGAAUAUGAUCCAAUUAUUCUAAAGAUAUUCCUUAUUAUUUUAUUCUUUACAACUGAUGCUGUCACAACAACAUCGAUCUAUCAAAUCACGCAAUAUGAGCAAUCGAAGCGUAUUAAAGAAAUCCAAUAUUCAUAUUUAGAAUUGCUAUGGCUGUACAUGCUGGACAGAUUCGGCGAACGAGAUGCAAUAGUUUUGUUUACAAAGAUGAUAACGAAAUACUUGCACAUCCAAACAUCGAUAUCGAGCAUUGAAAAAACACACACACAUCAUCACGAUCAAGAUAAUCAAUUUCUAGUUAACCAUGCUAUCAAAGAAUAUGGUUUACGAUUCAAACAAGCAAUUGUCGAUGCCAUGAAGAGAAUCGAUGAACUUGCGAUCAAUUGUCCACCUACUAGUUUUUUCUACAAUGGUUCAUGUUAUUUUUAUCUACCACCGAAACAAUUGGACACUCUAAACGGAAUCGGUUUGGGUGAUGUAUCCGCUGACGAAGCUUCUGCACGGUGUCGCUUCUUCCGUGCAAAACUUUGGGAUAUCGAAACAGUGAAUGAAUUUGAUUAUGUUAUUGGACGGAUCUACAAUCAAAUGCAAUCCUUUGAUAGUCCUCGUAUUGCUGUUAAUUUCACGCAGGGAAAACAUGUAUUAAAACUUUACAAGAGAAUGGGCGAACAGCAGUUUUUAACAGUUGGUAACAUUAAUGAUUAUUCAUUGAUUUAUAAAUCUCUACCUGAUGUACCGGCAGCAAAUACAUGUUUGAUUAUUGAUAUUAGCAAAGCAACUCGACGAGUAUCUUUGGAAGAGAAGUUUCGUUUAGAACGUCGAAGUAAUCACUAUAUUUGUAAAAUGAAAAUCAACAGUUGCUAUAAUAAUACACGUUGUGGACGGCAUGGAACAUGCAAAAAUUUGAUCGUGAAAUACACAUGCUCACGUGGCGCCAUCUACAUUGAAAAAAUGUUACAUGAAUUAAUUAAUUCUAAUAAUAUCUGA